GUCAUUGACGUACUAUAAACAACUAGACUCACAAUCCCGCUAAAAAAGUGUCCGCGGCAAAACUCUACUCAACGCUCAAGUGAGUAAAGUUCUCGGCUAGUCUCGUUUCGUCCGUCCACGAGUGACAACGUCGCACAAUGACGAAGUGCUCUGUUAAAAAGUGUAAAAAUUGUCCAAGAAUUGCUCUCAAAAAGGAUGGCGUUUCCUAUUUCAUUUUUCCGCAGAACGCCAUAAUGAGGAAUGAAUGGAUUUCUAUUAUAGCGAGAGACCGAGGUGAAGAGUUUUUUAAGCCACAAAAAGGAGCCGUCGUAUGUUCUGAACACUUUCUUCCAUCAGACAUCCAUACGACAGUCAAAGGUUUUAGAAGGCUUAAUAAAAAUGCAAAACCUAUUUUAAACUUAAGCAGUAGUGAAGAAAAUACAGGUGCGCUGGAAGAGUGCGGUACUUCUUCUCAAAUAAAUGUGACAUUAAAAGGUCCGGAUGUUCUUAAAAGCCCUACUUCAUCAAUUUUAGAUACACCAAUAACAAGAACCAUGAAAAAGGAACUAAGUGUUUGCAGAAAACUUAUAACUAGAAAAAAUAAGAUGAUUGAUAAUUUACGGAAGAAAAAUAUUAGAUUAAAGAAAAAGUGUAGUAACUUAAAAAAUAUCCUCUCAACCUUAAGUAAAAAUUGUUCAUGCGCGUAUUUCAUUUCGCGUAAUGACGCCGACAAGGUUGUUGCUUUUAUGCCGGCUACACAUUAGUGCCGCGAAUUCACAGCGCGAAUUCUCGCCGUGAAUUCACGGCAAAACUUGUGCCUCUUAUUCGCAGACCUUCACGGCAAUAAUCUGUAGCCGGCAUUAAAAAAGUGGUAGUAUUUAUUAAUAUCGGUUGUUGUUGUUUAAUCACUUUUAAUUAUAGUAAUAUUAUAUUGUCACUAUUGUCAAAUUAAAAAAAGAUUUAUAUAUAUA